AACUGAUUCUCUUCUCUUGCAACUUAACACCGUAAUUUAAUGCGCCAGAAAUUCCAACACAACAACAUGACAAAAUACGCAAAAGCCUUUGUACUAAUUCUAAUUGUGCUGGCAAUAACGUGCCAAGAAACCGAAGCCCGCAGAAAAAUUGUGAGGGGCAGAAAAGUGGUCAAUCGGACUUAUUUAAAGCCUCUUGGCAUACCAGCAUGGGCCAUAGUAGUUUUAGUGGGAUUAGGACAGAUGGUUUUAGGAGCCCUAACUUAUCUUUUGUUGAAAGUUACUGUUUUGGAUAAGCCUCUGAAAAGCAGAUAUGCUCCUGCUCCGGCUACUACCACAUCCAUGGACGAAGCUCGUACGCCAUGAUUUUGUUGUUUUCAAGUCUUGUUCAGUUACAGUAAAAUUAUUACCUACAUAUAUAAGUACCUAGGUAUAUAAGAUUUUCCAUAUUCCUAAUAAAUGACACCACAUAAGAGUACCUACCCAAUAUUAAUAAUGUUUAGUGAUAAUCCUCUUGUCUUCCAAACCAAACAAACCCAACCCAGGCCAUCAGUGACCAAUCGUGACGAACUCCGCCCAAACUGAUCAAAACAAACCCAAUCUAAUUCAAAUUAAGAGGCCACGACCAAAAUAAAGCAAGGCAAUGUUGGUAAAAGCUCGAUGAUUUUUCAUUUUUCUAUACGUAUUAUACGGUAGGUACCAGAGGUACAUACGUCCCCCCAAGUCAAAAAUGUAGUAUGUUGGAAACAUAGGCCUUUUCUACAUAAAAAAUUUCAAAGCAUUGACGAUUUUACAUGUAUUGCUGAUUGUCACUUUGACUUUUAUCUUAAAAAAAAAAAAAAGACCUUAGUUCUACUUUAUAUGACAAAUCCCCACAGCUACCUACUUAUAUUAAAAAGAAAAAAACUUUGAAGUUUCAUCGUCUUAGUAAGAAAGUAAGUAAUAGGAACCUUAUAUGAUUUAGAUUUUGGAAAACUUUGAAAGGUCAUAUAACUUUUUUUCUGUUAUAGAUGAGGAAGCUACUGAAACUUUCACUGAAUUUUAUCCCAAUCAAAGGACUACAAUCCCUGAAAAUUUCAGCUCAUUUGCACUUAUAGUUCCUGAAAUAAAAUCGUGUUUUAAGCAAUUUGGGGUGAUUUAUCGGCUCACAGAACAACCACCUACCUGUUUAAUUAAUUUUUAAAGUUUUGACUUGUACCGUCAUUUGGGGUGAAGUGUGAAGUCGGACGAUUUUUGCAGUUUUUUGUUGAUAAAAUCUACAAUUUAAAAUAAAAAAAUCCCAAAAAAAAUAAUUAAGAAUCUUCCAUGAGUUACAAAUCAGUACGCGAUGUAAAAUUUUUUAAGAACAAAUUUAUU